UAUCCCCGUCAUCCGUUUUUAUAUUAGAGAAUUAAUUUCAUUGAGUAACCUGUCUUAUCUAUAAUUAUGCUCUAUUAUAAGUUAUCACUAAUAACUUAUAAUUCCUUAAAAUUGUUUUAUCAUGUGUAGUUUUUGGCGGGAAUUAUUAUCAGGCAAUCAUUUUCAUUCAUAAAAUAUAAAAUUAAUUAUUAGCCGAGUUAAUAAUUUUUGUUAUGCAUUAAAAUAUGAUCCGUUUGUUUUAUGAAUUUAGUGUCUAUUGAAUUUUUCAUGAUAAGCUUUAAAAAAAUGCAAAUACCUUUAUUAUUUUAAACUAUUUAUUUAAUUUCGAAUAAUGGAAGGAAUGGAAGUCGAUUUGGUAUUAGAUCAAAAAUUACCAAUAGAUUUAUGGACAAAAUUUAAAAGCAUGUUCACAUUUAUAUUAGAAGAAGAGGCAGAUUCAUUGGAAGAGCAUGCAAAAAUUAUGGUUGAAGUUCUUAGUAAAAUGGGAGAACAAGAAGGUGUAUUUAGUCCUUUUAUUGGUGUGAAAGGCAACGUUUCAAGUGUAGAAUAUUAUAAAGAAUUUACUAUUUGGAUAAUUGGUCAACUUGUUAAAAUUCUUAGCCUUAAGAGUUUUUCACCAUUGCAUAAUAAUUCAAUUCAUAGCCAAACUUGUUUGUUGGAAGUACUUUCAUGUCAAAAUAAUUAUAUUUAUGAAUGUGCUAUUAGUGUUUAUGCUAAUUUUAUUACAAGUAUGGCAAAGAACAUAUCUGGUAAUUUAUGGCCACUUUUAAUUACCUGGUGUAAUCCAGAUCAACAAAUUUGCAGCCAAAUGUCUUCAAUUGAUUUUAAAUCAAUAAAAAUAAUAAUAAAUGACUAUAAUAGUUGUGUUAACCUAUUUCUUCAACUAUUUAAACUAUUUAGUACCCGUGCAUUUUCUGUAAAUUAUCUCAACAGAAAUACUACUAUUCAAAUAUGGGAGUCUGUUACAUUAGCAAUAAUCAAUACUAAUUCGGUUGCAGUAAAAUGUACUGGUCUUCAAUUAAUAUGGCAUAUGUUAGAUUCAUCAUCAUACAGAAGAUAUUUUGAAAUUCUAGAAGAUGUGUAUGAACUUUUGUUUAGUACUCUUGAUAAUGUUUGCCAUAACUACUAUAAUGUUGAAGAGUUUAAAGAAAUAGAAAAAAAUAUUUGUAAAAUUUUUAUAACAUUACGCGUGACAGGUCCCAUACACAUUCCUCCUAUCGUUAUUGAAGUAAUAAAUUUGGUAGCAAAGUUGUUACUAUCUCAAAAAGUAAAAGUGUCCAAUCAACUUUCUGAAACUAUGUGCAUUAUUGUUAGAACAUUUCUUGAAGAUCAAAUUAUAAAUCCUACUAUUGUAAUGGAAAAAAUACCGAUAAAUCAGCUGUUGAAAUUAUUAAAUUUAACUGGUUCUGUAGAACUGAUUGAAUUUUUUAUUUUGCAAGAUUUAUCAUCAUAUUUAAAUACAAAACAAGACACUGAAUUUUUUGAUUUUCAUAAAGAUAGUAUUAUAGACAUUUUAACCAUAAGUACUAUUUGGCGUCAGAUUUGGGAAGAAUUAAAUAAUAUUAUUAAGACAACAAAUAAAAUACUUACACCGAAUAAAUAUCAAACAAUAAAUGCCAUUAUUCGCAUUUCUCAUCGUUUGGAUACAAAAUUAAAAAAGAAUAAAGAAAAAUUAUUGAAAAACAUUGAGAUAGACAAUUUAUUAGAAAAAUUAAUAAUUUAUGCUGUAAAUUUUGUAGAUUACAGUGUACUAGAAAUACUAAUAUCUACUUGUGGAAGUUUAAUUUGCCUAACAGAAUGUAAUUUUUAUCUUCAAAAUACUAUUAAGUCUAUUGUUGCUAUUCUGACAUUACCUUGGGCAAAUACUUACGGUUCUAUGUUUAAGAAUACAUUGCAUUAUAAAUAUUUAAAUAUUUUAACCUUAAAGUAUUCCGUUAUGUUGAAUGACAAAAAUAUUACUAAACAAUGUUUAAUGUAUAUAAGCAGAACAAAGGAAAAUGUUUGCAUAGAUUUAAGAGAAAAAAUUGUGUAUGCAUCAUUUGGAAGUAUUGAUUUAUGUAAAGAUUCUUUGACCAAUUUACCUUUUUUUUUUCAUGAAAAAAUAAAUUCGGAAAUUUUAACACUUUUUCAAGUGAUUAAACAAUUUGAUGAUCAUUGUAAUAUUAUCUUUGUACGCAAUUUAAGAAUAUUAGUGUGUGCUAUGUAUGGCAAAUCUGUUAUAUAUAAGAACAAAACGUCUGAGUAUGAAGAAUUAUAUUGUCUCGAUUGUGAUCACGAUAAAGUAAAUUUAGUACAAAUAACAACUCUACAUGAUCUUGAUUACUUAAAUAAGUUGAAUGAUUUUUGGAAUGUUGUACUUCUUUCACUUCUUAAUAAUUCAAAUACUGAAAUCAGAUAUGAAGUAAUAAAAAUUAUACCAAAAAUAAUAAAUCACUUUUAUCCCGAUAAAUACUUUAGAAAUCAAAUAUUAACUUUAAUUCAAGACAAAGAAGAAGAUAUUAGAAAUCAAUUUUCUAAAAUCAUAAAUUCUAUUAUUUUUGAGAAAGAUUCAAUGGGUAAUUUUCAAGUAAUUGAUCCACUUUAUUCUGAUACCUUAAAUAUCCUUUGCAAAACAAUAAACACAAGUUUUAAACUUGGUAAUGUUGAACAACAGUAUUCUUGUUUGGAAACAACAUUCAAUAUUGGAUGUGUGCCAAUUGAAUCAACUAUUCUACCAUCAAUACAAUUAAUGUUUCUAUAUUUAAUUCAUCCAAAUUCUUCAUAUGGAAGUAUUGCAAAAUUUUAUAUGACAGAAAUAGCCGCUGCUCAUAAUACAAAGUUUUUAGUUAUAUUUGAUCGAUAUGAAAAUAAUUUUAUGCAAUAUAUAGCUAAUAAUUUAGUAACAUGCUAUGAAACUUAUUAUCCUAAUGUUGAUGUGAAAAAAACUUACAUUAAAUUAGGUUUUACCCAUAGAGAUGUGUAUGCUAUUAAACAAAUGAUUAAAUAUAUAUUUCCAUGGUGCAUCAAGAAACCUACUACACUCAAGAUUUUAUCUGAAAUAGCAUCUUUAGCACAUAAACCAGAGAGUGUACUUCUUAGAGAAUCAUUUAAGUAUUGUUUUUCUCAUCUACUGUUAUCUGAAGAAAAAGACAUUUGGAAGAAAGGUUGUCAACUUUUAGAAGAAAUAACUAACACGCCAUUAAUGAAUUUGGUCAGGUAUUCUUAUACACCAAUAAUUGCUGAAAUAUUAACUUACUUCCAUUCUAAAAAUGAGCAAGCUAUGGAAGCAAUAAAAAUGAUACAAAUGUAUGAUGUAUUAAAAAAUAACUCAACUGAAAUAAAUUAUGCAGAAUUUUUAUCGUCGAGGUUUUUAGGUCUUUUGAUGAUUUUAGAGUCCAAAUUAGUUAAAAAUUCACCUGAUUCAAUUAAAGAAAAUAUUUUACUUUCACUUGGUGAUAUCUUUAAAUUAAUGGGCAAACGUUACGUUACUCCAGCAAGAUUUAAAAUUUUAGCUAUGUUGCGUUCAGCUAUUUCAUUGAAAAAUAAUACUUUUGUGUAUUUAGGUCUAAAAGCUUGGGAUGCAUUUAUUCAUUAUGUUAAUAUUGAUGCAUUGGGGCCUAUGUUAAGCACUAUAUUUGUUUCCAUCUUACCAUUACUUGAUAUUUAUCCAAAUAAAGUAGCUAAUAUGUUUUAUUUUCUGAUUAAAGAAAAUGAGCAUCAUUUUAAGCAACAUAUAGCUGAAUUGUACUUUGUAGAACCACAUCUAGCCAAUCCUGUGGUCUAUAAUAUCGUUCAACAAUAUGCUAUAUCUAUGUUUAAACAGCCAUUACAUAAAUUAUUGAUGUGGUUAUUAGAUAUUAUUACACACAAAACUCUUGAAGUAAAACUGCAUGGUUUGAAAAGACUUCAUAUUGAACUUUCUGAAAAACAGUCACAAAUUACACAACUGAUAUUAUCUAGUGAAAAUAUAAACUCCGUUGUUAUAAAGUUAUUAGAAGUUUUAACUGAGAAUUUAAGACAUCAAGAUAAAAGAAUAAGGCUUGCUAGUAGUGAAUGUCUAGGAAAAAUUGGAGCACUUGAUCCAAGCUAUUUACCAAAUAAUAUAAUUAGAGAAGGGCAAAAAAGAAAAUUUCCCUUGGAUAUUAAAUCUAGUGAAUUUGCUAUUAGAGCACUAACUGUUCUUGGGCAAGGUUUACAAUCAGCGAGAAAUUCAAGAUAUAUGGAUUCUUAUGCAGUUGCUAUACAACAAAUUCUUCAAGCUUAUAAUGUUAAAAAAGAUUCUGAAAUUUGGUCUGCGAUUCCAAGCACAUUGCAUGAGGUAAUAGAUCCUUUAUCAUCAUCUAGGUAUACUCUUGAAUCUGAACAAUAUCAAACUGGUCUACCACAUCCAAUAUUUGGUUCUGUGAAAAGCCUUACCUUAAAUUCAUGGGCUUAUAAUUGGGUAAACCGUCUUGUACCAUUGAUGACUGAUGAAAAUGCCAAACUUACAUUUAUAUAUUGUAAAUCUAGUAUACGAUCUGAUAAUGAGGCAAUGCUUUUGUUUUUACCUUAUGUUUUACUUUAUGCUAUACAAAGUGCAAGUGCAUGUGAUAGUAAUUUAAUUUAUGAAGAAAUGUUAGCAGUCUUAAAUAAUAAUUUGGAAGAUGUGACAUUAAGCUAUAAAAAUAUAUCAGCUAUUGGAAAUACUUCUAUAUCUGGUCGUCAAAUAGCUUUAGAAUAUGAAAAUAUUGAUCAUAUUGAACAUCAAAAUGAAACUACUUCUCGAGUUAUGUAUGUUAAAACUGCAUUUACAUUAUUUGAUUUUUUAUUUAAAUGGACUCGUGAACAAAAAGCAUCUAAAAAUGAAGCAUACAAACCAGUUUUAGAUUUUUUAUCUCGAUUUUGUAAACUGAAAUUGGCAGAAAAAUCUUUAGAGUAUGAAGAAUAUCCUAGAGCUCUUUUGUACCUUGAAGACUAUAUCCAUGAAAAUAAAAGUAAACUACAGGAUCAUUUACCUUCACUUUCAAAGAUUUACUCUAAACUAAAUGAUGCUGAUAGUUUAAAAGGCAUAAUUGCUGUACAUCAUAACGAUCCAUCACCUGAAGAAAUGAUACUCUUACAUGAAGUUAAUGGUCAACUACAAGAUGCUGCAGCAUGCUAUGAAAAGUUUGCUCAGAUUUAUUCAAAACCUAGCUUAGAAUUUCACAAAGGUAUGGUUAAGUGCUAUCUGGGUAUUGAUCAACCAUUUACAGCAUUAAAAAUUGCAGAAGGCUUAACAAAUGUCAAUACUGAUUUCAAUAAUGAUUUGUUUGGUGAAAAAGCGGAAGCAACAUGGAGUCUAAUGAAAUUUGAUGAACUAGAAAAAUUUUUAAUUGAAAAGCCUUUAAAUGCAAGUGACAGUUGGGGAGUUCGUAUUGGCCAAGCAUUAGUGUAUUUUUUGCAUAAAGAUAAAAUAGGACUACGACAAGAAAUAUCUUCUAUUACAAAUAUUGUUACUGAAUCACUUUAUAUGUCUAUGGUUGGUUCAGCGGGAUAUAAGGAAGCAUAUCCAUUUAUUGUCAAAUUACACAUUCUUAAUGAAAUGGAACAAAUAUUUAAUACAGUUUUAGAAAUCACUGAAGAAAAUAAAAAUGCUCAAGAAAGAUUUCAAGAACUGAUAACUUAUGAAAUGGAUGAGCGACUUCAGUGUGUUCAACCACAAGCAUAUAUUUUGCAACAAGUACUAUGUAUGCGAAGAGUUGUAUUAACAGCUGCACAAAAAUUUAUCUUUGAUGACAAUAAAACAGUCAUUAACCAUCAAAUUGGUAUUAGCUGGUUAAAAAGCAUCAAAGUAGCUAGAAAGUCGUUAAAUUUUCAACAAGCAUAUUCUAAUAUACUAGCUGCUGAGAAAUAUAAGCCAACUGGUUUAUUUAUUGAAAAGUCAAAACUACUAUGGAAAAAAUCAGACCAAGGUCAGGCCAUUUCUACUCUAAAAAAAGGAGUUAACUUUUUAUUUCCUAACUUGGCAUUAGUUAAAUCUAUGCCUUGUGAUGAAAAAAUAGAAGAACGAAAAACUUGUGCAUCAGCCUUAUUAUUGUUAUCAAAGUACAAUGAUAAAACUGCUAAUAUAGACAUGGAAUCUAAUUUGGUAAACAUAGAAAAUGCUUAUGAAAUGUUUGAGAUGUGGGAAAAAAGUUUGGUUCGCUUUGCUCACUAUCAAGAUCGUAUAUUAAAUACUAUGUCACAACAGACAUAUUACACUAAAGGAUUGAAUUUAAUUACUAAUAUUGUUAAUUGUUAUGGAAUGUCAUUGCAAUAUGGUUGCAAGUAUAUAUAUCAAUCAAUGCCAAAAUUAUUGAGUGUAUGGUUAGAUUUUGGGAGUGAUCUUAACAGGGAUUUAAAAAAAAAGAACAACAAAACUUCUUUAUAUUUAAUUGAACGAAAAAGAGUUUUUAUUAAAAUGAUCAAACUUAUUGAGGGAUUUGUAUUGCGACUACCCACAUUUAUGUUCCUUACAGCAUUUUCACAAAUUACUUCAAGAAUAUGUCAUCCUAUGGAAGAAUGUUUUAAAACUCUAACUGACAUUAUUGUCAAAUGCAUAUUAGAUUAUCCUAAUCAUUCUUUAUGGAUGUUAAUGACAUUGCAUAAAUCACCUUUCAAUGUACGGGUGUCAAGAUUUAAUGCCAUACUUAAAAAUCCCAAGCUUACAAAAGUCAAAAAUUUAUUGUUGCAUUUUAUGGAACUCUUUGAAAAUUUAUCAGAACUUUGUAACACAAGUCCUCAGAAUGUUCCUGUUGGUGUAAAGUUUCCUUUACAAAGAAUAGCGAAAAAUUUGCCACGAUUGUUGACUAAUGGUUACUUCAGUAAUAUAAUGGUACCAGCUCAAAAAUUUCGAACUUUGGUACUGCCGCGUAUGAAUUCAAAUCAAAAUACAAAACAUAACCCUUUUCCAGAAGAUCUAGUGUAUAUAUAUGGAAUCAAAGAUGAAGUUUAUAUAUUUAGUUCCCUUCAAAGACCAAAACGUAUUAUUAUGCUAGGUUCUGAUGGAAAUGAAUACCCAAUGAUGUGCAAACCAAGGGAUGACAUACGGAUUGAUUCGAGGUUGAUGGAAUUUAACAAUAUAGUCAACAUGUAUCUUAAACGUGAUCCAGAAGCUAGGGAUCGAAAUCUUUAUAUAAAAACUUAUAGUGUUGUACCUAUGAUACUUGAUUGUGGGUUAAUAGAAUUAGUUGAAAAUGUUGUGACCAUGAGAAGUGUUAUUUUAAAAAACUAUGAAACAAUAGGGAUAAAAGUAUCAAAAAGUACUUUACAAGGACUAGCUUGUAAUAAAGCAGAUUCUUUAGAGAAAAAAAAAUCUGUUUUUUUAAAUAAAGCAUUACCGAAUCACCCACCAGUAUUCAGAAAUUGGUAUCUUAAAGAAUUUUCUAGCCCAGGAGAAUGGUAUGUGGCCAGAAAUGAAUUUACUAGAACAACUGCUGUAAUGUCAAUUGUUGGUUAUAUAUUAGGUCUUGGUGAUCGUCACGGUGAAAAUAUUUUGCUUGACUCUACUAAUGGUGGUGUGGUUCAUGUUGAUUUUAACUGCUUGUUCAAUCGAGGAGAAAAUUUUGAGUGGCCAGAACGUGUACCAUUUCGUAUGACACAUAAUAUGGUUGAUGCUAUGGGAACUGGUGGAUUAGAAGGAGUGCUGUUUAGUGCCUGUGAAAUCACUAACCGUGUAAUGCGAUCACACAGUGAACAGCUAGUUAGUGUUCUUAAACCAUUUUUAUAUGAUCCAUUAGUUAUGUGGACUGGUCGGGAUAGUAAAGCUGAUGAAAAUUCGGAAAUGACAAAUAAUCAGGCUAAGGAACAUUUAAAUAACAUUGAAUUAAGACUUCAAGGAUACAUUAGAGCAAACUUAAAAAAUUCAUCUAUGGCUCUAUCUGUAGCUGGUCAAACUCGCAAACUUAUUGAAGAAGCUACAUCAGUCGACAAUUUAUGUCAAAUGUACAUUGGUUGGAGUGCUUUUCUCUGAUAAUUGUUAGAUGAAUAACUUCAUGUGUUAUACUUAUGUUUAUUUUUUUAUAUUUAUAUUUUGUUAUUGUGCAGUAUAUGUUUUGCAGAUUUGAA